AUGGCUAGCUGGUCAGCCUUCCUCUUGACUUACCUCCUUGGUGGAGUCACCUUCAUUCCCUUGGUGUUGAUCACUGUGCUUCUUCACGCCUACCUUACGCUCCCCUACCGCGACGAUGUCGAGCCGAAACCGAUCGAAACGACCGAUGACGACAUCAUCCAGCCUGGCGACGACCUGGGGCUGCUGAAGGCCACUCAGAAGGAGCUUAGGGAUGAGGAGAAGCCAAAGAAUAACCACCAUGAGACGGAGGUCGCUGCCGGGUAUUUUGCCGUGUGCCGUGAAUACACGCCAAUGGGCAUCAAUGCGAAACCCAUUGAGCGAUCGACACCCGUUGGUUCUACGACUGUCGCUGCACCAAGUCCAAGCGUCUACCAAACUAUGUACCGGAGCAUCUUUGAGAGGAAGCACACUCCAGGCCCUCUAGAUAAUAACAAGAGCAUAAGUCAACGGCCCAAGAAGGCAGGCAAUGUGUUUUAUGUGGUACUUCGGCACGGCCACUUGAUGCUUUUCGAUGACGACGAACAACUCGAGGUCCGACAUGUUAUAUCGCUUGCACAUCAUGACAUCAGCAUUUUCUCGGGAGGAGAUACCACGCCAGAAGGCGAGCUCUUUAUCAAGAGAAAUGCACUAUGUCUGUCACGGAGGACGGAUGGGAAAGAGCUGGGUCCCGACAGUCAGAUAUCCAAACCAUUCUAUCUGUUCUCCGAGAACUGUUCUGCAAAGGAGGACUUCUACUUUGCCCUUCUGCGGAAUCAAGAACAAUACUUCACAACCGACGGACGAGCGCCAGCACCGUUGAACUUCGAAGUCAAGGACAUAAUAGCGCUUGUCCAAAAACUACACUCGUCCGAGGAUCAGUUGCAAACAAAGUGGCUCAAUGCUAUGAUCGGGAGGAUAUUCCUCGCGCUGUACAAAACCGCGGAUAUAGAGAACUUCAUCAGGGAGAAACUUACCAAGAAGAUCUCCCGCGUCAAGCGUCCUGCGUUUUUGUCGAAUAUCACUAUUCAGAAGAUCGACACGGGUGAAUCUGCGCCGAUCUUCACCAAUCCACGUCUGAAAGACUUGACCGUCGAAGGCGAAUGCUGUAUCGAAGCAGACGUUCGUUACACUGGAAACUUCAGACUUGAGGUCGCAGCAGUCGCCCGGAUAGAGCUGGGGACUCGCUUGAAGGCCCGAGAGGUGAAUCUUGUUCUGGCCGUCGUAGUACGCAAACUCGAAGGCCAUGCCUACUUUAAGAUCAAGCCCCCGCCAAGCAAUCGUCUCUGGUUCACUUUCCAACAAAUGCCGAAGAUCGAGAUGACGAUUGAACCAAUCGUCAGCACGAGACAGAUCACUUACACUGUUAUUCUUCGUCAAAUUGAGAACAGAAUCAAGGAGGUCAUUGCUGAGACGUUGGUCCUCCCCUUUUGGGAUGACACGCCUUUCUUCCGCACAGAGCACAAGAAGUGGAGAGGUGGUAUUUGGGUGGGAGAUGAUGCCGUGCAAUCUUCGGGUGACUUGGAGACAACAAUCACUCAAGUCGGCGACGUUGAUGAUGUGGACACUAUAGAAAAUGGUGGUUUACCCUCACCGGGAGAGCUACCACCUAUGGAGAAGAGCCACAGUGUUCCGGUCAUAGAAAGCACGGCAACAACAGGUCUGUUUGGGAGGAAACUCAGCAACAAGAACGCAAAGGAUCAGAAAGCCAAUGCCUCGUCGGGUUGA